AUGAGAAAAUUGCAUAUUGAAAUCAGAUUGGAAAAUUCAACUUCAAAAAAUGAUGAAAACGACGAGAAUUUAAUUAAUAAAAUUAAGCAAAUUAUGCCUCAAUUUAUUUUUAAUCCUCAUACAUUUUUGCCAAGUGAUGAACAAAACAAUAAAAUUGGAAGAAAUAUUUUACGGGUUUUCAUUGAAUGUUUAGAUAAAUCGAGAGGAAGUAGAAUUGAUCUCACAACUGAACGUUUAGAGGCUGCCAAUUACUAUUUUUAUACUGCAAAUAAUUAUGGUGAAAUGGCUGAAGAAGUUGCUGAAAAGGAAAAUAAUGAGGGAGAUAGCCAAGUUGGCACAUUUCAGUGGGAAUUGCCAACAAUUGAAUUUGAAGGAUUCUGGGAAAAUUUAAUUUAUGAAAUUGAGGAUUGUCCAAAAUCUAAGCUAACAAACUUUAUUUCGACUUCUUUGAAGUUUGCUCGUUUUGGUGUUGAUCCAAAAAUUCUAUCAAGAAAUCAUCUCAUACUUUUGAAUGGUAUUUUUUAUUUGAACUAG